AUGGUUUGCAAUGCCGCCUCUCCUUCAUACAGACUCGUAAAGAACCCUACCCAAGGCAGCUUCAGCCACGAAGCCUCUCAAGAUCACUAUGGAAUUGGGAACAUGCGGGAAUUGGCGUCAGCAUAUUUCAAGCAACUUAAUUUAAUUUAUUUUAAAGCUGAUAACCCUGGAGACUCAUCAGACGAUAGCAGAGAUAUCUCCAGGAGGUUCUUCUACCUGGUCCCUUGUCUUCAUCUUGUAGAUAAAUAUCGGCAGGGGGACAAUCUGACUGCGGUCACUGAGUUUUUCGUUGUAGGAUUUCAUGUCCGUCAAAAUUUACACGUUUUCCUGUUCUGCUUUCUCCUUGUGGUUUACUGUGGGACAAUAUUUGGGAAUCUCCUGAUCAUCACCCUGGUGUCCACCAGCAAGAACCUCCACACCCCAAUGUACUUCUUCAUCUCACACCUGUCCAUUAGUGACAUCUUGGUGACCACAACUAUUGUCCCAAAACUUCUCCACAUCCUACUGAAUAAUGGGGGGACCAUGACUGUCACGAUGCCGGCUGUCUCAGAAGCAUUUGAAUGUUUUCUCCUGGCUGUGAUGUCUUUUGACAGAUAUGUGGCCAUCUGUAAUCCUCUCCGUUACUCCUCUAUUAUGACAAGUGGACAUUGUGUUAUACUGACCGUCAUCUGUUGGUUGUCUGGAUCUUCAAUGGUCUUGAUUUACAUCAUUACAAUAACACAACUAUUUUUCUGUGGUCCAAACAUCAUUGACCAUUUAUUCUGUGAUAUGGUUCCAAUAAUAGGACUUGCCUGUUCAGACACAAUUAUUAUCCACUUGGAGAUGUAUUUACUUUGCUUUCCAGCUAUUGUUAUUCCAACCACCAUCAUUGUAAUGUCUUAUACUUAUAUUGUCCUAACAAUCCUAAGGAUCCCAUCCACUACUGGUAGACAGAAAGCCUUCUCCACCUGUAGCUCCCAUCUCAUUGUGGUCUCCAUAUUCUACGGGACGUUGUUCGGUGUUUAUAUUGUCCCAACAAAAGAACAAACACUGACCAUGAGUAAAAUCCUCUCACUGCUAUAUACUGUGUUUACUCCUUUGGUCAACCCCAUUAUAUACAGUCUGAGGAAUAAGGACAUUUGGAAAGCCGUACAGGAAAUACUAAGUAAGCGGGAGAUCUGGUAA